UUUGUAGUUUUUUUUCAUCGCAUCGCCACUAAAGUCAAAGUUUUGUCAAAAUUAUUGCGUCAAAAUGUCCAGUGUUUCGAAAAACAGCAAAACCCAAAAAAAAUCGGCCUCUCGUUUGAGUCAGCGGAAACAUCAAGAGCGUGGAAGUGAACAGAAAUUUUUACAGAGGAAAGUUUUUACCAAAAGUUCAAGACCUCCGUCCACCAAUCAGUACAAAGUUGUUAAUGUUCCGUGUAAAAUACCAUCAGCAUUUAUUGUACCGAAAAAAGACAGCAUUAAGAAAGAAACUAAGAAAGCAAUAACAAAUGAUUGGGAGCUUAAACUUCAAAAAUUUAGGGAAAAACAGCAAGAAAUUAAGGAAAAAUACUCGCCCAAGAUGAGAGAGCUUUACGUUAACCCGAAAAAAUUAAAAAGAGAUUCGAUAAGUGAGUUACAUCGAGCGCGUGUACCAGAAAUUGUGGCGGAACCCAUCAAGACUAAUGACGGGGGAGAUGACGAAACAGAACCAGUUCAAUUUCAGGAAAAAGUGUUCAUUAAGCAAGAACCAAUCAAGCUUGAAGAUAAUGCAAAAUCUUUAAUAACUCUGGUCACUUUCGAGCAGGAGGUGCCAAGACUGUCUCCGGAGAUCAAAGCAAAAGCAAAUGAAUUAAUAACAGAAGCGCACCGAAUGAUUUGGCAUUGGCUCUUCCGCGGCCUUUUCCCCCCGGCAAUUAUUGCAGCAAAACACAAAUAAAUAAACUUAACUAAUCUGAAAAAUAAUUAACUUUUUAUCCGUGUUAUCCGUCUAUUUAUUUUUACGCACACAUUAACAAAAAGUAUGUAAUACAAAUCAUUAUAAAACGACCAACAAAAGUGGGUUCAAAUUUUUCCAAAAUUUUACCUUACCAGGAUUAAAAAAAACUUAUAAAACCUUUGUUUUUACAUAAAACUGUAAAAUUGUAGACUAUAUCAAUCUGCACAGGUCAAUAAAAUUUGAAGAAUUAUGUUUUUCGUAGAUAAUUUCACAUUUCAAUGAGCCUCUUACCUGUGCCUAUCUUAAAUUUUAAUCUUUGUCGGGAGCCGCUUUCUCUUCUAAAAGUUAUCAUCUAUUAAUCUGCUAAUAAAUUAAUAAGUCAUUGAGCUGUAAUUUACGCCACCAACAAAACAUGAGUGGUUUUGUGCGUUGUAACUGUUGAUCCUCGUAUAAUGGAAACAUUUCAGUGAAAAUCACAAAUAUUAUUAUCAAUCUACACUUUUUUGCAAAAGAAAAAUCAUCCUGUUUGUAACUGAAAUAUCUAUCAGUUCGGAAUUAUGAAGCCUGCAGGAGGAGAUGGAAAACCUUUUUUAGAAUUUCAGCAUUUUUUUAUUUUUUAUGUCCAAGUUCUGAAAUAGGGGCUUCUAAGACUUAUUAUUCUAGUAGAUGUUCGAACGAUUUGACUUUGAUCGUUUUUUCUAUUAUUUUUUAAAAAUUUUAUGCAUAUUUUCAACAGUUUUAUUAUUUUUUUAAUUGUGUUCUAUAGACUGUUUUAGUUCAGAUAUAGUCAAUAAUCAUUCCUUAGCCUUAAAAGUCGAGGAAUUUGAACAAGAUUAUGAGGUUUUUUAAGUUUUAAGUCAUUUUUAAGCCAUUUAUGUGCAAAAGUCGUGAUAGUGUUGUUUUUAGGGCCUUUUGAGCCUUGAUUUUUGAAGAUUUUUAACCAAAUUUUCGUGUGCUUAAUUUUACUUUUUUGAACAAAAAAUUAAGGCUUUUGAAAAUAUUUGAAUGCUUUUCGGUUGUUCUUAAAUGUUUUCCUCUAUGACGCGUAAGUAUACUACUUAUAGAGAUAAUAAAUUAGUGUCCCUUUUUCUUAAUCUGUACGUGAAAAAAUGAAUGGACAGAUAAUUUAGAUAAGGAGUUAAUUACUUUUGUACUUAGUGACGUUUAUUUAUUUAUGUUUUUGUUGCAUUUGUUGAGGGGAAAGGUCGGAGAAGAGCCAAUACAGACUCACUCGGUGCAUUUCUAUUAUUAUUAACAUUUUAUUUUGCGUUAAUUUGCGGUUGGAGAGUCUCUUAUCAAGGACAUCGAACCGCACGCAACAAUUUUACAAAAAUAUACACAAACAAUGGUAUUUUUGCUU